CCAUAAUACAUAAAUUAAAGCCUUGAAAAUAGUGCCUUAUCUAACAAAGAGAACCUUAAUUUCAUAUUAGUGAUAACUCAUAAAAUUUACAUAUUAAAUCCUUCGCGUUCCUGCAGACAGCACGUGGCGACCAGGUUAAGGGUAGAUAGAGCACUCACCACCUGGACUGGGAUGACGCCCAAGUGGACAGAAGGUGGGAAACACCACCCAGUCUGCAAGGAAGGAUGAAACGAGAAGCUUUCAACGCAUCUUCUUUACACCAUCUGUCCUUUGACAGAUUCUAAUUCUCGGUUGUUGCCAUGUCGGAGCCAUCACCACCGUCACCUCCUCCUCCACCUCCAGCUCCAGCUCCCAAGGAUCUUCGAUCGAAGAUCUCGCCGUUUGUGUUGAAGCUGAGAAACGCACCGCCAGAAUUAUAUCACAGGUCAUUGAACACGCCUCCUUUAGUCGACCCUUUUGAUCCACCCGUAGGGCCGUACUUCUUUUAUGGAACGUUGAUGGACCCGAAGCUGCUCGCCGACAUCCUUGAUCUCGCCCACGAACCCAAACUCCGGCCAGCGAAAGUGGUAGGGCAUUCCUGCAAACUCUGGGGCCAGUAUCCUGCCAUGGUGGAUGGCCCGCAAGAGGGAACCGUCGAAGGUGCUGUGUAUAAUGUGCAGACCGUCAAGGCGGGAGAAAAGUUGGCCGCGUACGAGACGAACAAUUACACAUUCAAAGCCUGUCUGAUUGAAUAUACGGAUGGCCAGAAGCCAGCCGAUGAUCUGGGACACGCCUUUCUGUUUGCCGGGAAUCCACACGAUCUCACAGAGGGAACUUUCGAUCUCAAGACUUGGCUGAGGAGGAUGGGAAGGCAGGAUACUAAGGAGAGAACAUGAGUGGCACCUCAAUGGGAUCUUUCCUUGCCAUGGAUUGAAGGAGAGAUUGUCCGUGUCCCUCACCUCCACCUCGUCUUCAGAGAUCGUUUAGCGCCUCGCUGAUUGCCUCCAGAAGCAUGUGCCUAUUCUCAAGUCUUCUUUUGAAAAUAAUUGCCGGUCGGUCGGUAGCUGCAUUCUCUAUGAAAUAACCUAUCCAUCCUGCUAGGCAGGUUACUUCACCUACCCUUAUAACUAGAUCUGUGCCUUAUAAUAAGAUCGAUUAUAUAUGAGUACUCCGUAUAGCAUUAAGUAAGUAUAAAAUAAUUAUCCUUGAAGGAUUGAUCUAAAGUAAG